AUGACACAUCCUAAUCAUCCUAAUUUUCCAAUCUUAAACAGCUGUUGUUAUGUCCACAUCUCCCAACUUGGCAACGUCUCGCAUCAGGCUCGGCAAGAGCUGGCGGCGCAAGGUGUCAGCUUAAACCGAUGGGAAAGGGACUGCAAACAUCACCCAGGCUUCGCAAAGUUUCGAAGCGAGAUCUUGGAAGGGAACGAGUUGGACACGAGCAACAGCGACACCAUUACUCGGAUCUACCAAAACCUGCGCAGGAUGAACUUCCUCGACGACGCCAGCCAGUUUUGGCCGCGCGUGGCGCAGACUUUGGAAGGCCCACUUCGACGCCAUGAGCUACUCCGGAUCUGGGCCGUGUGUCCACCGGAGAAGCUCCCGCAGCUGGACGUGGCACUCAGCGAGGCCCUUGUUUCAAGUGCCGUGGACAUGAGGCAAAUUCUGUCUGCUUUGUCGCGGACGGGUGGUUUGCCCCAAAACGAAAAGUCCAAGACCCUGAAAGUGUGCCUGGAGCGCGUGACGAAGAUGGUCGAGGCCUCGCAGGUGAGCAUGGAGGACAUUGCGACCAUCCUCUACCGGCUCCACGUGGCCACCCACAGCCAGAAGUUGAGUGGCUUGAAGCCAACUAUGGAGAAGAUCAAAGAGAAACUGGUCUUGCGCCUCGAAAAGGAGAAACAGGCGGCAAGCGGUGCGGAGUUGCAGGUGGGCAGCAUCUGCCGGCUGCUGCCGUGUCUGGGGCAGAAAGAUGAGGUGCUGUGGUCCCUGCUAAGGGACCAGAUCUUGAAAGACAAAAAGAUCCCGUUGACGAAUUGUUUGGACAUCCUGGAGUUUCUACCUCAAGCGCCACGAAAGGAGGGGCAAAGCGAGUCCCAGCUUCGGAGUUGGAUCUCCAAGCGGAUGGAGCUGAUGCUGUCGAAGGGUCAGGCACUGCCCCAGGACCUGGCGAUCAUCACCAGGCGUUUGGAGCUGGUGGCGCCGCUGAAGAAAGUCUGCCAAGCCCUGAUGAACAUGGCCAUCAACCUGCGGCAGGACUUGUACCCAGCGGUGCUUUGGCGCUUCUUUGUACGCACAGGUGAAGCCGGUCUGGCUGAGCAGAACCAACUGAUGUCCAAGUUUCACCGCAUUGGCGAAAUCCUGGAGGGGCACGGCAUUCAGCGGGAAAAGAUGUCCAUGAAAGAAAUGCUGAAGUCUGCUGAAGCCAUGCGACGCAACAAGGUCAAGAUGCCGAAAGUUCUGGAGCAAAUGGCCCAGAUUUUCUUAGAGACCUUGCAGCACGCGCAGCGUCAUGUGAGUAGCGAGGAUGCCGGCGACCUCCCGCUCGCCGGGGCGGAGGAAGGGGUGGAGGCUCACGCGGAAGCUGUGAAGGAGGGAGAGGACUCCAAGUUGGCCCAGGAGUCCGAUGUGAUUGAGGAGGCUCAGGUGGAAGGUGUGCAAGCUGCCCUUGAUGCGCAAGACUCGCAGUUGGCCGAGGAGGAAGUGGCGUCCUUGUCCACUGGUGCGCGACAGGUCCUUGUGUCCGAGGUGCAGUACUUGGUUCUCCUGUUGUGGGCCGAGUUCGAGCGCAUGGGCGUCCAGCACAGUGAGCUGCAAGCGGCGGCGCUGGCGAUCUGCGAGCCGGAAAGCUGCCGGCUGGACACCAGGCGCGUGGUGGACUGCAUCGUGGGCAUGGCAGAUGUGCCAAGUGCGAGCCCCGUCCUCGGCAAGCUGCGAGAGCUUUUACACUUGGACCAGGUGCCUGAUUCAGAUCUACUUCACUACCUUGUGCAGCUUAGUGCUGAUGUGGAUGCCUUUGCAAUGGCUUUUGAGGAUUUGAACCGGCGACUGAUGGAAGAAAAGCUUCAGGUGGCCACAACCUCGGACCGCUUAGCGUUGCUUCGCUGCCUGGUGGAACUGCAGAAAAAGAAGGAGGCGAAACCCGAGCUGAUUCGCAAGGUUGCCAAACUCCUCCUGGAGCAUGUGCCAACUGAGAAAGGCAACACGCAGCAGAGCCUUCAGAUUCUGGCCGCGGCGUGCCAGGCGCUAUCAGAGGUGCAAACGGUGCAAAGCAACGAGGCGCCUGCCAUGGCGCCGCUGCUACGCUCAGCCCUGAGGCGGCUGAAGGAGGAAGCUUCACGGGUGAAGCUAGCGGAAGAGGAGCUGGUCCAACUCCUCUUCUCUCUCUCCACUCUGCACGGUGGCCGCGUACCCUUCGACCUCCUGGCCUACGCCUGGCAGCUGGCGGUGCAGCACGGCGCAGUCAGCGAACUGGGCCGCGCCAAACUCUGGAGUUUCUGCCUCUGCGCUCGGCAUCUCUCCACGGAGAGCGUUUGGGCGGCGCUGAGGCUGGUGCCGAACGCGGAAACCUUGGAUGCCUCAGUGUUCAUCGGGAAGGAUCGCAGGCUUCCAGCCUUAGCCCUGGAGACAGGCUCCCAGGAGCUGCUUAGUGCCCUGCGUGUGGCGUUGUCGAAUGCCGUGCCGGGGGAGUUCGGGGAAGCGCGAUACCAGGUGCCGGGCACACCGCUGGUGUUGGAUUUCGCAUUGGAGCGGUUACGCCUCGGCCUCCUGGUGGUGCGCCCCAGCCACCUCUGUCGUGGCGCGACAACUUCGACGCUGAACGGCACAGGGCAACUGGUGGAGGCGCUACUGGAGGCGCUUGGGUGGCGCCUCCUCUGGGCCUUCCCUGAGCACUUGGAACAGAUGUCCUCCGACGAACUCCUCGCGGCUCUUCGGCAUGCGAUCAAUUCUCCCAGCGCCAAAAGCAUCGAUUUACCCGAAGCACCUGCAGGUGGCCCGGAGUCUCUGUUGAAGCUUUGGCAGGAGGCCAUCCCCAAGCUCCAUGGCAGCCAGCCACAGCUGGCCUUGCGAACGCUCCGCGUUUCGUUGACCAACGCUGUGGAGCCCGCGCAGCAAGCGUUGGGCCGAGAGCCGGGAGACUGCCUGCUGCUGGACGUCUACGAGGCUCCGGAGGCAGUGCCGGAGGCGAUGGCGAGGCCCAGCGGGCUAGACGCGGAGGCGGUGAGGCAAGGGCCCUUCGCCGACUGCAGCUUCCAUGUUUUGUGGGCCAAAGGCCGUGGUGUUGCCAUGGAUUGGCUACCCAGGGAGCGGAGACUUUGCGAGCUCUACCAUGCCUUGCUGCUGGAGGACGAGUAUCUCCUGGACAGCUUCCGCCUUUCUCCGCCGCCCUGUCGCAUCUUCCCAGUGGAUCCCCACGCCUCGCAGCCGCAGCCGCUGGUGCCAUUGCCGUGGGCACCGGGGGAGCCGCUGCCGCGGGUGACGUUUGCUGUCUCCUUCCAUGCGUACAAAGUCUACUCUACGGAAGCCCGAGGAAAUCCACAACGCUGGCUGCAGGACCCUGACACUUGGAAUCGUUAUUUCAUGGAGCUUUCACGCAACCAGAUGCUACGCAUUUGUUUGGCCCAGGAGGAUUGCGAGGGCGAUCAAGCGCCGUACCGGCUGAUGUUUUGGGAAGACAUCAGUAGCGAAUUUCUGGACUGCAUCGCUCGCGGCAUCACGCCCAUCUGGUUAGGGACGCCCUCGAUCUACGAAUAUGUGGAGCGGAACGUCCUGCUGACCCGUUGGCGUUUUGAAACGCCCGAGGAGAUGAUGAACAUCAUCCAGACCUUGUCGUCCCCGGAGGGCAUCCUGGAGUAUGGCACGCGCGUGUUUAUGGAGCGGCAGGGAAACUACUUCCUGAGUCAUUUCUACUGGCGCCAGAACCCUCAUCUGCGGGCCUUGCUGCUAGCCAGCGCGGCGCAGAGGCAACAGAUGCUACAGCCGCAGGCUGCGACCGAGAGCGUUGAGAGUCACGUCAUGGAAGUUGUGAUUUGCGUCGCCUCAUCAGUGCACAACCGACCAUUGCGAGACAUCAUCCGGACAACUUGGGGCAGUGAGCCGGUGCUGCGCACACCCUUCGGUGCUGUGCUGCUUCGCGUCCUAUUUUUCCUGGGUCAGGGCGUGGCAGCAGAGAGAGAGCACCAGGAAGUCUCAGACGUAGUGCUCCUACCAACUCUGCAAGAGGAUUUCAGUGUGAUUUGGCUGAAGACCGCGGCCAUCCUGAAGUUCGGCGCGGACCUCUUCAGGGGCCAGGGCCGUGGCCUGCACGGGCCCGCGAGCUCGUCCUCGCGCCUGCGUUUCCUCAUCAAAUGCGACGAUGACGCCUUCCUGGACAUUGAUAGCAUCACUGUAAACCUCAUGGCCAGUGCGCCCGUAGGACUGCUAUGGGGGCACGUGAUGGCUUUGGUGGAGCCCAACCGAAUUGCGUCGGACAAGUACUUUGUGCCACAUGAGGUCUAUCCCAUGCCGUACUACCCUCCCUAUGCACGCGGCAUGGCAUACGCCCUGUCGGAGGAUGUGGUUUUGCCAUUGGGAGCUGCCUUGGCCGAGGGGCGCUUGGAACCCUUUCCCUACAGGGAAGAUGUCUCCGUAGGUUUAUAUCUCUUGGAGUUGGCCAAACGUGGGGAGGUGCGCGUGGUGCCGCACCAGCGGAAGGAAGCCAUGCCGCUGGACCCUGGGCUCCCAAAUUGGUUUUCAUCCGGAGAGUGCUGGGUGUUUCUGGCGCUUGAUUCAGGCGCGACGCUCCCAGGGAGGCGAUGUGGACUUUUGCCACUGCGCGGUGAGGACCAGCGGGGAACAGCGAGAAAAGUUCGGGUUGUUGGGGCCCGGGAUGUUGCAGACGCAUCCCCAGAUGCAACCGUGAAGGUUCCAUUUUCGCAGGCAUGUUUAGUGUCCAAGCUGCAGGAGGUGUUGGGUAGAGCCAGCUUCGGUACGACGCUGCCAUGCCUCGUCUAUGUGGGACUUUGUCCCAGCAUUUCAGUCGCCUACGUGGCUUAUGAGGUGGAUGCUGCGGGUCGGCAUCUGACAUUGGAUUCGAAGCUCCUCAGGAAAGAAGCGCUGGCGAGUCGGGAAGAGGCAGAGGCUGGGCCAUCCAAUACCAGCGACUUCGACAGUACCUCUGGGGUCUGGGAAGAGGUGCGGAAAAAAGCGAAGAUCACCGCUGAAGAACCGUUCUCCGCUUCUGGGCCCCCAACUGUGGUCUACACCGCUCAAACGGCAUCGGCGGCCGCAACCAUCAUCAUGGGGAUAACCACCUGUUUUGCGGGCCUCUUCUGUUUGCUGCACAGUGCAAUGCAGCAGGCUGUAUGGAAGACUCUGAAUGCAUCGCUCAGCUGGUUCUGUGCCCUGCUGGUCUACUACUUAAUCAGAGAAAUCACCAAUUUGAUGGUCACGGACAUGGUGGUUUUUGAGGAAGUGUCUCUGCGGGGCUUGAGGCAAUUGCCAAACUUGCCACCGGCUGCCAGCAGCGGCGCUGGAGCAGUGACUGUGGCAAUUCUGCGCUUCGUGGUUGGUUUCUGUGCUCACCAGGCUGUCAUGAUCCAUGGAAGGCAGCGAAAGGUUUUGCUGAGCGUUGCCAGCAGCUUUGGAGCGCAACUGGUGGGGCUUCUAGGGGCCGAUGCCUUCGCCACGUGGCAGGAAACCCCUCCUUUCACGGACUCGGUAAGUUGCAGUUUUGGCUUGGUCUGCCUUGCGACCACCUUAAUGGCUGCGUCCGUGGCCACGGCUACUUGGGGCCGCAACAAGGUUGUGACCGAUCCGGCGCAGCAGGACUGCUUCCGUGAGAGCGAUUGCACUGUGACGGCGGUGAGUUUGUCCUUGACGCUCGUGCAGUUUUGGCGUUUCGUUCUGGCGGGGCGCUUGCCGCAUUUCUGGGGCAUCCAGCGGAGCGGGUACAAGCGAUCGGAAACCACCUACCUCUUCAUCACGCUGCCCUUCCUCAUUGCAGCCACCUGUUUGGGCGAAAGAGGCCUCAAAUUUCUCCCAGCAGGCGGAGCUCUUCGAAGCAGCGUUUCGGCCGUGAAGACUUUGGCCUACUUCUCGGCCUGGGGCACCUUUUUCUGGGCCAAGUGGCUGGACCACGGGAUGCUCAUGGCCAGUGGCGACCUGGCGCCUGCCGGAGAGGUGAUGAAGGCGGAGAUGUACAGCGCCAUGGCCUUCAGCUGUGCCAAUGUGGCCUUGGGUCUGGCUUCAGAGAUGGCCCGGGAGAAAAUGCCGGAGUGGGAGGGCUGCUUUCGCUUGUUUUGCGAGGUCACGAGUUUUGCCAUGUGUCUCACUUGGAACAGCUGCUUCCAAACCGCUUGUGCUUUCAGCAAGGACGUCAAGGCCAGCCACUUUGACCAAGUCUUUGCUCGCUGCAUGCAGUGCCAGUGGAUGUGCAUUUUGCUGAUUCCUUCAUGGUUGCUUUUCAUCCUUCCGCGCGUCGCCGCUGCCGAGGGCGAGAAAGCUGCCGAGGGUGAGAAAGCUGCCGAGGGAGAGAAAGCUGCCGAGGGAGAGAAAGCUGCCGAGGGAAAGAAAGCUGGUGAUGGUGGCAAAAGCUCCGAGAAAGAGAAGGACGCGGAGACGGAGACCUCAGGUGUGGCGCGAAGUGGUGAGGCAGCGCCAAGUGCACCAGAGGUGCCAGCAGCACCUAAGGUGGAAGAACCUCAGGACCCAGUGCCGGAAGAUGCGGACCCAGCUCAUCCGUGGGCGAUGGCGAUCCAUUGCGCGGACGGCGAUGAGUGGAAUGCCGGAGGCAUGACCCUCAUGACUGCCGCAUGGCGUUUGACGUGA